UUUUACACUCCAAGCUGUACAGCACACUAAAUAAAAAGAAAAACGAUGAGAAAGCAUCUCAUGACCCCUGUAAUGCAAACCCAGGCCUUGGAGACUGUAGUUCCCCGUCAUACAUUCUUCUCAUUUUUUGUGUACUCAUAAAGACAGACAGGAGCACAAACAGGUAAUGCUUCUCCAGCCAGCGAGGCCUGCUCUCUCCUCCUAAUGGAGACAUACUACCAGAAUAACUGCCACACACUCUCUAUAUAUUUCUUUCUUGUCUCUGGCACUUCGGCGUAUCCCUGAGAAUGAAAAAAGUGAAAGAUGUGCUUCGACUCGAGUCUAACUGCUUUCUAUUUUCCCACCAGGUUCCCUGAAGUCUUUGAGCCGUAAGAGCUCUGAGUACAUCCUGCCACAAGUACUUCUGUCAUCAAGGCAAUGUAACGCCACAAUCGGGCUUUCGCUUAAUCCUCUCACAGGUAAACGGCGGGACAUUUUGCCGGAGGAAUUUUUGCGCUCAAAGAGUCCUUAAACAGAAUGUGAAUAAGGUUUCGGUGACAGAGCUGUCUGGAGAAUGAAGCUCCUGGAAUAGGAAUCCAUCUUUUUUUUUUGUUGCUGGAACAAUGGCAGAAUGAAAGCGUAGAAUCCUGAAUUUCUUUACUGGAGGGAGGGCAACAUGGCAAAGCCCUUCUACAGGCUUCAGCGCUUCUUGCGACGGACUCAGCUGCUCUUCUUGUUUCUCGGUGUUGCUUACAUUAUGGCUGGAAGUGUCCUUCUUCUGCAGAGACAUGGACUGGUGGUAUCACAGCGUGGGAUGAGUAGUUAUUACCCAUUGCCAUCUUUGCCGUCUCCUCCCAGGGCCCUGGAGGCACCUGCCCUGCGGACGAGUUAUGGAAUAAUGGGUGCUCGGCUUGCUGGAAAGGGGGUGGGAUACCAAAGUGUUUUGUCCGAAGACAGCGAUGGGCCACAAUGGCUCAUCUCACGAAACCAGGAGAUCCGACAUCUGAGACGCCGCUGGUUCCACAGCCUCAUGUCAGAACAAGAAGCAUCCAGAGUGGAGAAAGUCCUUCCGAAGAGAAAGAUCAGACACAAAGGGACGUACUUGGGUUGCUUUCUGGAUGACGCCAAGGAGCGGGCGCUCAAAGGAAUGGUUUUUUAUGACUUCCGGAAAAUGACCAGCACAUUGUGUCAGGACACCUGCACGGAAAGGUAUGCCAAUAGCACACAAUAUUCUCAAAUACAGGCAGAUUUCGGUGUAAUCGUUGAGCCACCAAAAAGCAGAUGGACAUCUGUUGCCUUGAGGCUUCUCUGUGCUCGCCUUAAAUCAAGAAAUAAUGAAACAGUGUUUAGGGAAAAGAACAUGCAGUGUGCAUCCCUGUGCCAGCUGGCGGAGCUCAUGCUGGGAAUUGGAUCAUGCCCAAUUAAUGGAGCGCGGCUCUGAACCCAGAGCUGGAGGAGAAACAUCUAUCUGUCGUGAUGGAGGAGACACUUUCUCUAGUUCUUAGGCCGGUAGAUAAUUGACCACCCGAGAACAAGUGUGAGGCAGACUGACCUCCUGUAAUUACCCCCAACGUUUCAGAGCUUAUUUAAUUACUUGGGUGACAUUUGAAAUCUUCAGGGAGAAUCAGAAAAGCCGGUUAGAAAACAUGAAACCUAACAUGAGCUUGUCAUGAUUUUCUCCCACUCCUCUUUUCUGUUUUCUCGCACAAACACCACCAUGCAUCUGUAAUGUA